AUGAGGACAGUAGCCGCUUCAGCAAGUUGUGGAAGAACGGGUUUAUUGGCGUCGAUGCUCACUCCGGAAGGGACCCUGGCUGAAUUGACGAACGACUGCACUGCGCAGGUGGUGGAAAUCGUCGUGACCGGGGAAGCGAAGGUCCAAGCCGUGGUUUUGUUGCCUUUGACUGAGGUGCAGAAACUGAACAGAGGACGGAGGCCACAUUACUCUCAAGAGGAUGCUCUUGAAGAGGACCACUCAGUAUCCCUGUUGGAGACCUCUGACGGAGUCACCAACGCAGCAUUUGCUUUGGAAGGCGAAGGCGAAGAUUUUUUAGAGGGUGUUGUCCCUUUCGAUUUGAUGCGUGAUUCUAGCAAGUUUCGAAUUCUGAAUUCUGGAGAGCAGGAAGGCAGAUUUGUUGAGACCGUUAUCCUCAGUGCCAUUGAGAAGCACGUUGAGGAAACGGGCGCGCUUGGGAAGAACCCGCGGGUGGUAGAUGAAAUUUGUCGGGAAGUGUUCGGCAAGACCCGUGCGGAGCUGGCUGCCGCGGACACUGGAGAGCACAUGCCAGUGGUGGUGUAUGGUCGUGCACCGACAGAAGAAGAGCUGCCUGACCUGUUGUCAUGCUUGCCGGAAAGCUGGGAGUCGGUGGUUCGAGCCGCGGUCCGGCCGGCAGGGGAGGGCAGUAUGGUGGAGAUGGUGCGUGCCUUCACGGGGGUCGAGCUCGACUUGGAGUGGGGCUCACCGCAUCGAGGUUGCCAGCGCAAGACGUGGCGCCGGUGGGCGGCGGCCGGGGGCAUCGCAGCCCUUUGCGUAGUAGGUGGUGUGGGCCUGUAUUUGAAGGCCGCCGGAAAGCCGCUUACUGCCACACACUCUUUCAGCGACCAGGGCAGCCCCGAAUUGGGCAGCCCCGAAUUGGGCAGCUCCGAAUCGGGCAGCUCCGAAUUGGCUAGUAUGGUCACGAGCAGUUGGAAACCGGGCAGCACCCCGGUUUUGACUACGGGUGUGUGGAGCACGAAUGAAGAAUGGAGGCCUGAUGUUGCCCAUUGGAACAUGACGAAGAAGCUGGCAGCUGAGGAGUUGAUGCUGUUGAGGGAGCCAGACAAUGCCACAUGUGCGCAUAUGUGGGAAAACGGGCAGGGCCCCGUGUGUGAAACCGGACGUGGAGCCAUGAUGGCUCAGACAGAGAAUGGAGAGAUCAUCUGCUACUACUACGGGUCCCCGUUUAAGUACGACUAUAACGACGUGGUGGGUGCGUUUAGUCGUAUGGACGACGGUUUCACGGAUGCCCGGGUUAUGCAGCACUGCCGAAGUGGGACUGAGACGCUGCAGCUGUUGCGGCGGGAAAUCUCUCAGGAACUGCGACCAGGUGACGGGAUCGGGCCAAACGCGACACUGCAGGCCGCAGACGCUUUGCUGGAAUUCAAGUCGGAUCCCAAGUGCACUACUUCCUGUACACCCCCCGCUUGCGAAACUGAACGCUUCCAAAAUGAAAUCCACAACUGCACAUGUCGCUACGCAACUGCCACCUGCAUCGUCCACGAAUUCUCUAAAAACCGCCGUAUUGACAUUGCCGACUUUUAUGUAUCCCUGAAGAACUUAUACAGCCGAGCCAGGCAUCAUGCCAACGGUAUUAAUGAUCUCAAGAAAUGUGAAUUUGUCUGUCGCAACUAA